ACUCGAAUCGUGUUAUGUACUCAUUACAACAACUCCAUUUUCUCGCUCCAUUCCCAAAUUCGAAAUCUCUAUUCAAUGGAAGAAAAUCAAAACAUUCCUCAGCUUGACGAACCACUCACCACCGACUCAAAAUAUGACCAGAAACCUUCAUCAUCGCAACCACCACUACAAGAUGAAGAAGAAGAAGAAACAGAGUCGGAAGAAGAAACAGAAUCGGAGGAAGAUUCCGAGGAAAGCCUAAACCCUAAUCCUUUCGAAGUGAACGCAUUUGAACUUGUGCGGUACAAUAAAGGUGAAGAAGUUUUUAAUCAUUGUGAAGCUGAGAAGAAGGAAAAACCUUCUGAUUCGAAUUUGAUUUUGCAUGAGAUGAUUCAAUAUCGAGGAAUGAAUGCGGAGUUGGUUAAGGAGACAGUUGAAAUAAUGGAUGAAUCAGAGAGGUCUGAGUUUGAAGAAAGAUGGAAGAAGUUACAUAUCGCUGAAUUGGAGUUGUUUACAAGGCGAGCUCGGUUGGUUGAAGAACAGGCUAGCUUGAUAUUGGAUGCAUUGAAGUCGUCAUUAAAAUCAUCAUCAAACCAUUAGGUUCAACUAUAUGUUGCCAUUGCUUUUACUUGUUGAGAUUUUGUUGCUAUUUUGUAGACAUUUUGUAGACAUUUUUCAUUUUGUUACUUCGGAUUUUGGAUGUUAAGAUGAUGUUGUUUUUUACAAGUCUCAUUUUGUUUA